ACAUACAGGGCAGGAGAAUAUAUUUAGGGCAGCAGACGGUACAAAGACGUGGAGCACAGCUCAGAGUCGCCUGAGCUGUGACUCAUGCUGGGUGUUGUUGGACGUUUCCUGACUACUCAGCACAGAGAAAAGCAAGAGGACAAAGACAGUGUUUGGGGGGAACAGCCAUGAGAACCUGACAUGUUAGCAGAGAACCCUUUAGGUGUGGAAGAGAAGGAGAAACAGAACGACUCGACUGGCGGUUUCAAAUCAGCGGAGGAAAUCCUUUCAGUGUUGGAGCCUGUUAGCAGAGGAAACGCUGACGCCACCGCCCUCAUCAGCACCCAGCCUCUGCUGGCCACAGCUCCACCAGAGGAGGCCACACAGGAAGCAGCAGCGUUUCAAAAACCCCUGCUGGACGAUCAACAGAUCACAUGUCCACAAUGUGGCCUCCUGGUACCAGAUCACAGACUGCAGCCUGCUCAUCAGCUGAAAAACUCAAAGCACGGCAGCAAAAGGAGCAAAAGUGGCAAAUCCGGAUCCCACGAAAGUGCUGCUGCACCUGCUGUAAACAGGAUGAAACAGCUGGAUUUGCAUCAGCUCCCACACAGCAGCAUUGUAACAGUAGAGACGGAGACGCUCCAACACAACCAUUAUUGUUUUCACCUGCUGCUGGCGUGCUUGUGGUGUGAGUUUUCGGUGCUGCUUUUGGGUCUGAUGGAGGCCUGCUCCUCCUGCCUGCAGGGCCUCUGCUCCUCCUGCUGCCACGCCUGCGCCCGCUGCUGCUCGGCCAUCCAGGACACGCCGGUGGAGGAGUUCAACUGCCACACUCACUGCCACUCGGUUUUGUUCGAGUCAUGCUGCGAGCCAACCGAGUGUCUGGAGUUUUGCUUGGAGUGCUGUGAGAUCUGUCACCGCAGCUAGUGUGCUCUACACACAAACUCACAGACUUUUUCAAACAGACUAGUAUUAAAGUCCAUGUUUUAAAUCAUGA